AGCAUUCAGGUGGUGGCGGACGGAAACUUCCUCUCCGAUGUCCAAACGACAUUUUUUUUAAACGUUUUAAAUUUUAAUUUUAUUUGAAAAAAAAAUUCUUAGUUUUAGACGUCAGCAAUUUGGAUUUUGAGUGUUCUACGUUUUUGAAUUUGGAAUUCUAAGCUUUUUUUUUUUUUUUUUAAUUGGCUUUUUCUUUCCUUUCCUUCCUUUCCUGGUUGUUGUUUAAUUAAGUCUGAAGACCAAGCAACCAAGAUCGUCGGCGACUUCUUCUCCGACGGACUGUCCGAUUUCCAUUUCCUCCUCUCAAUUUCCAUUUCAGAUAGAUAUAGCCUCAGGGGAUCCUAGUGAAGAUGCCAGAGACCUCUGAGGUGUCUGGAAAUGAAGCUGCAAACUCUGAGCAUCAUCCUGUGAAUUUAAGGGAAGACAGUGAAUAUGUUAGGCUUGUUAUUUCCAAUGAACCAAGAGUAGCUGAACCUGAAGACACCCACAUCUUACAAACUGAAGCAAAUGCAAGAAUUAAAUCUUUCAUUUGGUGGAUCAAAGCUCUGGCAUUAUGCAUUCUCUUGAUUAUACUUCUACUCAUUUUAUUGAAAUGGGGAGUGCCAUUUCUUUUUGAGAAGGUUCUCUUGCCAAUCAUGCAAUGGGAAGCAACUGCCUUUGGCCGUCCAGUCCUUGCCCUUGUCCUCAUUGCUUCUCUGGCCUUGUUCCCUGUGUUUUUAAUUCCUUCAGGACCUUCCAUGUGGUUGGCUGGGAUGAUUUUUGGAUAUGGUAUCGGAUUUGUCAUAAUUAUGGUUGGAACUACUAUUGGAAUGAUCUUGCCCUAUUUGAUAGGGCUACUGUUCCGUGACCGCAUCCAUCAAUGGUUAAAGAGAUGGCCCCAGAAAGCUGCUAUGAUCAGACUUGCUGGUGAAGGCAGUUGGUUCCAUCAAUUUCGAGUAGUUGCGCUCUUUAGGGUCUCACCAUUUCCAUAUACAAUUUUCAACUAUGCAAUAGUGGUAACAAGUAUGAGAUUUUGGCCAUAUUUAUGUGGUUCAGUUGCUGGAAUGGUGCCAGAAGCUUUUAUCUACAUCUAUAGUGGUCGGCUAAUAAGAACAUUUGCUGAUGUGCAAUAUGGGAACUAUCACUUGACUACUUUGGAAAUCAUAUACAAUGUCAUCUCCUUUAUUAUCGCUAUCAUUACCACCGUUGCUUUCACUGUUUAUGCAAAGAGAGCUUUGCAGGAGCUUGAAAGGGCAGAAACUACUGAAGAAGUUCCUGCCUACAACCCAGGCAGUUAUGAGAUGGGAAAGCUUUCACUUGAAAGGAGCAAUCAUGUAGGUUUUUCAUCUUUAUAGUCUAGACACUAGAGGGACAUGUUAGUACAUGUAAAAAGAUUUGAUAUAGUGGAGGUGUUUUACUGUCCCUGAUUGUUUGUACCGUUUUUCUUUUUCUCCUUUUCAUUUUUACUUUAGGUUUCCUUCUUGAUCUUUGUAAUUACAGAUAGAAUACAGAAAAGAAAAUGAUUGAUUAUCUUCUACAAAA